AUGAUGAAUAUUUUACCCAAAGAAUCAAACUCUUUUAAUAUAAUCGGUUAUAGUAAAUGGUUCAGUGACUCGAAACUAGUUGCUGAUUCGACAGAUAUGCAAAGCGAAGAAGAAGAAGAUUAUAAUGAUACUAUUCAAAUCGCAGCUUGUAAUAAUUCAGAAGAUAUACCUGUAAUUUACGAAAAGAAGAUAUUUGGAGAGUAUAUGAGACAAGAAAAUAUUCAUCAAAUCAAGAAUAACGCCAAUUUAGAUCAUCAAAAUUCAAUUUCCGAACUUGAUCGCGAUAUGGUUAUAAACUGGCUUUUACUUACAUCGAUAUCGGAAUCAUUGUCGCAUCAUACAAUCGCUCUUGCUGUGAAGAUUUUUGAUUACGUAAUUCAGGUUAUUCCGUUAGAUCGCAGCGAACUCAAAAUUUAUGCGGCUACAUCAAUGCUUAUGGCCAGUAAGUUAGAGGAAGAAGAUUCAACAGUUAUUUGCGAACGACUUUGCUCAUUAUUAGUGAUACCGACAAAAAAUUUGUUAGUCAAAACAGAGUUAAAAAUACUUCAUAUCCUUGACUACGACCUUAGGUUUAUUACCCCAUUUAUGUACAUAGAACAUUUUAUAGCACAUCACACUUCCCCGCGAAAUAAUGAUCUCAUUUUGAAACUCAAGCAGCUCUCAAAAGCAAUAACUUAUGCAUCUAUUUUAUCAUAUUCAUCGACCCAGUUUACAAGUUAUGAAAUAGCAAAAAACAUUUUUGAAUUAUGUCUUUAUUAUACUCAUAUUCAUCAUUAUAGACCAGAUAAUGAAUGCUGUAGGCAUAUACUUAAUGCAUUAUCUACCGCUUUUGAUGAAACUGGGUCUUUAAGAUCAAUUUUCCCUUAUUUAGUUCCUAUCUUUAAUUAA